GGCCAGAGCGCUGGAAGUGCAGCUCGCCCGCCCGCUCCGCGGGAGCCCCGGCUCGCUGCGGCGCCAGGCAGGGCCCCCGCUCGGAGGAUGCUCAGCCGGCCGCCGGGGCCAGCACUAGCCGCCGGGGCCAGGACUAGCCGCCGGAGCCGGCCCCUCUCCUCUCCGCAGCCCGCGCGCAUGUUGCGCGCUCCGGGGACGGCCCCCGUCCGCGGCGCCCCGGGCGAAGAAUAGCUGCUGGAAAGCUGCCCUGCCGUAGCCACUGACGCUAUGGAAGACCGCAUCCGCUGGUCUCGGCUGUAGGAUGGUAGCGCACAGCAAGGUGUCAGCAGAUAAUGCAGUUGCAGCAGACCCGAGAUGUCUACUUGACCCUCCGGCACGGGAUCGCUCACAGGCCCGAGGCUACCACGGCCCCGGCCGGCCCAGCACUGUGCAGGCCCACAGCAACACCCACUUCCGAACUUUUCGCUCGCAAGCGGAUUUUAGUAGCAUCACUCGAGCAAGCAGCCUGCUGGAUGCCUGUGGCUUCUACUGGGGACCUCUGACUGUCAGUGCUGCCCACGAGAAGCUGAAGUCUGAGCCCGAGGGCACCUUCCUCAUCAGGGACAGCACACAAAAGAAUUGCUUCUUUGCCAUCAGUGUUAAGACUGCGACUGGGCCCACCAGCAUCCGGAUAAACUUUCAGACUGGGCGUUUCAGCCUGGAUGGCAGCAAGGAGAGUUUUGACUGUCUUUUUAAGCUGCUGGAACAUUACCUAAAGUCCCCGAGGAAGGUACUGGUUACCCCCCUGCGCAAAGUCCGCGUGCAGCCCCUGCAGGAGCUCUGCCGGAAGAGCAUUGUGAAGACUUUUGGAAGAGAGAACUUAAACCAGAUCCCCCUCAAUCCUGUUUUAAAGGACUAUCUGAAAUCCUUCCCAUUUCAGAUAUAAGUACAGCAUUAACUGCAUAGGGACGCGUGAGAGAUGCGUAAAGAAAUCCAGCUUUCUGGGUUUUUAAACAUGUUUGACAGUGAGCAAACUUAUUUUUGUAGCAAUUUACUGUAUUUUGGGAUGGAACUUGAACACUUGACUUCUUAUGUUUACAAAAACUGUUUGCACAAACCUGGGGUUUUAAAACCCUGGUGUAAUUUUUCUGCCAAGCAGAAUAUUUUAUUAUUUUAUAAUAUUUUUAAUGAUAUUAACAUAAUAAACUUUAUUGUGAAAGUUUUUAAAAAAAAUAGCAUCUCUGUUUUUAG